AUACCAAAAUUACCAAAAAAAUCGGAGGUUCUUUACACAAAUACGCAAAAUUAGAUGAAUUCCACACUCGAAACAGAACAAUAUAAAUAUAGCACCCCCACAGCGGAGGUCCAGAUACUCCUCCGGCAGUUACUUCCGUUCAGUUCGUCAUAAGAGUUUGGGCCGCUGGAGUUUCAGAAUUAGGGUUUGUUUUCUAAGAGAAUCUCGAGAUAUUGGCCGGAAAUCGACGCCGGAGAUCCAAUGGCAAGCAUGUAUAUUCUGGUGCAGAACUCAAAAGAGGAGGUUAAGGUCGUCCUCGACCAGCUCCCCAGAUACGCCUCUGAUAUACUCGACAUUCUCAAGGCCGAACAAGCACCCUUCGAUCUCUGGCUCAUCAUCGCGAGGGAGUACUUCAAGCAAGGCAAAAUUGAGCAAUUCCGCCAAAUUCUGGAGGAAGGAUCUAGUCCUGAAAUCGAUGAAUAUUACGCGGAUGUGAGAUACGAUAGAAUUGCCAUCCUAAAUGCUUUAGGGGCUUAUUAUAGUUACCUUGGAAAAAUCGAGACAAAACAAAGAGAAAAGGAAGAGCAUUUUAAACCUGGCUUAGCCGAUUCAGCAGCAAGAGCAAGACCAGCUGGGCCGCAACCAAUCACCACCAAAUCCAGUACAACAUUACCAACCGGUAUACAUGGUAGCUGAAAAUGGAGCAAAUGAGGAAUAAAUUUCAUAUGAAGUCCUCUGCAUCUCUAAUAACUAAUAAGGGUAUACUUGCCUUUUUCAGGGUUCGCAGUGUUUCUUGCUUGUGCUGCCAGCGCAAGAAUAGUUCAGUAUCAUAAGCAUUUGCUUCUGCAAAAAGAUCAGCUUCUGUAACAGUUCUCCUAAAACAAAAGGUGGCAUAACAUGUAUCACAGAAAUAACGUUCCAUUACU